GCAGGAGCUCCCACCCUAGGCGGCUCCCGCUUCGCUUCCGCCGUCGCCGUCUCGCCGUCUCGGGCCGGACAGGCCGGCUCCAGGUACUGCAGCCGCGCGAGGGACGCGAGCAGCCAUGGCCGAAGCGGCGCCCGCCCUGGCCCCCAUGACAGGCAAGCACACAGAGGACCAGAGGCCUUCGAUACCUCCCUUGCCCCAGCCAGCUGCUGAGAAGAACUCGUACCUCUACUCCACGGAGAUCACACUGUGGACAGUGGUGGCUGCCAUUCAGGCCUUGGAGAAGAAGGUGGAUUCCUGCCUGGCCCGCUUGCUGACUCUGGAGGGGCGCGCGGGGACAGCCGAGAAGAAGCUGGCCGACUGUGAGAAGACAGCCAUGGAGUUCAGGAACCAGCUGGAGGGCAAGUGGGCCGUGCUGGGAACCCUCCUGCAGGAGUACGGGCUGCUGCAGAGGCGGCUGGAGAACAUGGAGAACCUGCUGCGCAACAGGAACUUCUGGAUCCUACGGCUGCCCCCGGGCAGCAAGGGGGAGGCCCCCAAGGUGCCUGUGACCUUUGAUGAUGUGGCCGUGUAUUUCUCUGAGCUGGAGUGGGGCAAGCUGGAGGACUGGCAGAAGGAGCUCUACAAGCAUGUGAUGAGGGGCAACUACGAGACGCUGGUCUCCCUGGAUUAUGCCAUCUCCAAACCGGACAUCCUCACCCGGAUAGAGAGGGGAGAGGAGCCUUGUCUUGACCAGUGGGGCCAGGAGAAGGGGAGUGAAGUAGAGGUGGCACAUUCAAGGAUGUCGGGCACUGGCCUCCCUCCAUAUCCGGAGUACCUCACCAACCCACUCAGCCCUGCCCAGGAGGAGCUGAGAGAAGGGCAGGCCCCCAAGCAGCAGCAGGACUCUGAGGCCAGAAUGGCCCCAGCCAGGCUGGGAGCAGGUGGUGGUGUGGCCAUCAAGACAGAGGCACAGUCCGAAGACGAGAUGAGGCCUGAGCGGCUCUUUCUGGGGGUGUCACGGAGCCAGACUGAGUGUAGAAUCCCCCGAGGGCCCAGGAACAGGCGUGGGGGCCCCAGCCGUCAUCAGGCCCAGGGCGUACCUACGCGGGCGGGUGAGCCACGGCCACUGGGGCCCCAUGGGGAGACGUCCCGAGUCCUCCCCCGCCGGCGGGAGCGGGCGUUCCCCUGCCCCGACUGUGGGCAGAGCUUCCGCCUGAAGAUCAACCUGACAAUUCAUCAGCGGACCCACGUGGAGGAGGGGCGGCGGGAGGCCUCCGGCCGCUCGCCCACUGACUGCGGGGAAAGCCAGGCCACCCUGGAGCCGGGGGAGGUGGUGGUGCCCGGCCCUGUCAUUCGCUGGCUCCCAGAGGACCCCAAGAGCUGCCGCUCUGUGGCUGCGGGCCGCGCAUUGGCGGUGCGGCGGCCUGUGGCCAGCAAGAUGUACCACUGUAGCGAGUGCCUACGCUUCUUCCAGCAGCGCAAGAGCCUGCUGCUGCACCAGCGCUUGCACACCGGCAGCAGCCAGGGCUGGCCUGCCUGCCCCUACUGCGGCAAGACCUUCCGCCGGCCCUCGGACCUCUUCCGCCACCAGCGUAUCCACACUGGCGAGCGGCCCUACCAGUGCCCCCAGUGUGGCCGGACCUUCAACCGGAACCACCACCUAGCUGUGCACAUGCAGACCCACGCCCGAGGCCAGGCGGGCCCACACUUGCCUGCCCCUGCCCAGGCCUAGCCGCACGGAGGAGGGCUGACCAGACAGGAACCCACAGGGGACUCCUGGCAGGGCCUGCCCACCGUGCCCAACGCAGGUUCCUCCUCUUCCUGGGAUGGUUUGGAGAGAGGCUUGUUGUUUUUACCCAUUCAAAUGGGAAGCAGCCACCCUUUCGGUGACAGUGUGUGUGAUCAGGUGCCUUGUUUCCUCUCUCGUGUUUACACUCUUUGCUGCCUUUUCUGCAUUCCUGACUUGUAAAAGAGUCCUUAAGGCUUAAGGGAGGCCUUAUUUUUUAUGGGGCCUCUGGUAGGUACCACAGCCAAGAGGACAGAGAUCAUGGCCCUUCCAGUAUGGGGGCUAUAGAGACGUUGGGGACCAGGGAUUUUUGUUUUGUGCAGAGAUCCCUUGCCUGCUGUCACCAUGAGAAACAGUAGAGUGGAUGGAUGGCCUGAAGAAAGGAAAGUCUUCUACUUUGCUAUUUUGAAACUUUUUUUCCCUUGAUACAGAGACUUUCAAGUGCUUUUGUAAAUGUGUUUAGUUGCUAAUGGAACUUUGCCUUUUGUGAAGUUGGAAAGAGCGGGCUUUUCCAUGUGGGCUCACAGGGCUGGAAGAGGAGCUGCUUCUACUGCCUGUGGUUCCUUUUUUUUUUCUGAAAUGUAGUUUCCCUUUGUUGCCCAGGCUGGAGUGCAAUGGUGCAAUCUCAGCUCACUGCAACCUCUGCCUCCUGGGUCCAAGUGAUUCUCCUGCCUCAGCCUCCUGAGUAGCUGGGAUUACAGGCAUGAGCCGCCAUGCCCGGCUAAUUUUUAUAUUUUUGAUAGAGAUGGGGUUUCAUCAUGUUGUCCAGGCUGGUCUUGAACGCCGGACCUCAGGUGAUCCACCUGCCUUGGCCUUCUGAAGGGCUGGGAUUACAGGGGUGAACCACUGCACGCAGCGCAGCCUGUGGGUUUUGAUGGGGAUGUCUUGGCCGCCGUCUUGGAAGCAGAGUAUCUCCCCAGGUGUGUGUUUCUCUACCCAGAGUGACUCCCAGUAUUCCUAGUCCUUACCCCAUGGGAUAGUCACAUCCGUGAUUUACUUUUGUUGUAAGCUGGGAGGGGAAACUGAAGCCUGGAGUGGGCGACACUUGCCCCCCCGCCCAAGGGCUCAGUGUUCACUGGUGUGUAAGAUGUAUUGACUGGACUCCAGAAGGUACCCUGAGGGGCAGUGCAGGGAGAGCCCAGGAAGCUCCUCCCCUAGAGGAGGCCCCUGGUCUGGCUGAGGCCCACCUUUACCCUGGAUCUCCAGGCCUGCUUUUCACAUUAAAGGAGGGGCUGUCUCCUCUCGAAGGAGUUCUCCUUUGAGCACUUUGGGCUCUGGAGCAGAGUCGGGCUCGGAGAUCUGGGUGAACCCUUCAGUCACCGCUAGUUUCAUGAUCGUCUUCUGUCAAAGGGGGUCAUGGCCCCAGUGUCAUGCCUGAGUUGUCAGGGUCAAAUUAAGAGGCACUGGGACAAAUAGGAAACCUAGCUUUGUGCUUCCUUUCAAAUUCAGGACCUCCUUUCUACUCCAUUGCAGCCUUUCCCACCAGUCAGAAUCCCUCAGGAAGGACCUUUAUCUUCUGGAGUGAGUGGCAGUUCCACUGGGUUCAGUGAAAGACUCUCCCACAGGGCUCCGUUCCCUAGGAGUCCUUUGUAUUUCAGUGAACAAAUUCUUACCAAAGUAUGAGACUCGGGCUGUAGAAGUUCAGGCAAUAAUAUGAGGUCUUAUGGAGAUGUCUUGAGGUCAGCUAGCUUCUGGUGCCUCUCAUCACCACUGUGGGUGCUGCCUGUAGAGCAGCCUGGGUGUGGGUGACUCUGAAGCUGGAGUGAUGGGACCCCAGCCAUCCUUGUACUUUACAGUCUUGUCUGGCACUGAGAAGUGGCCAGCCUUUACGGCUGCUUCUGGGGGCCUCGGUCCCUGGUUGUACCACUUCCUUGCCUGCCCUUCUGACCCUCACUCUUCUCCCAAAGUCUUGAGCAGAGUUGGGGGCUGAUGGUAGCCCUGCUGUCAUCUCUGGGAAGAGGGUAAGUACACAAGUCAGUGAUAGUUCAGCCAGGCUUUCUUGGGUUUGGGAAGAGGCACUGCUCUUCUGUGCUUUGGAUCCUGCUUGUCUGCUCUGGAGUCCCCCAACCCUUGCUGGGAGCCUCACAAGUCAGAGGCGGGCUGUCAGCAAGAGCUCAGACAGGAUGUGGUGCGAGUGCAGCGGCAGGAGCUAGUCUCAGGUGUUCUGGGGAGAUCUCAGGCUAAGAAUUUUGCUGAGUUUCUAGCCUUGUUCUUUUUUUAAAAUUUGUAUACCCCAAAUUUUUGCUGAAUUGGGCUUGUUUUUCUAAUGCCAGGUGCCCCUCCUUAAAUAUCACAAGGUGCUGAUUCUCCUUUUUUCUUUUUUUCAUAUCAGUGUGCUCAACUUUGAGCUAGGCCUUAUGAGUUUGCCUAGCACUCAGAGGUGUUUCACUAACGUUCUUUACAUUGAAAUGAGUCAACCUAAGCUUUGUGGUGCAGGAGCUGAGGGUGCCCCCGACUCGGUGGGAGACUUGGUUGGGCCCCAAACUCCCCCUGCAGGGUCCUCAGCUUCCUCAUUGGUGAAAUAAGUGGGUAGGCAACGGCGUUAAACGCCCAAGAGAACUGUGAAGGUGGAAGUCCCUUGCCCUAACUGGUGAUCAGUAAACUUGUUGGCAUAAACGA